UCUGGGAUCAAUCCCAAAUCUUCAUCUUCUUGAAUUAGGUAUGAAUCCCAGAUCUUCAUCCUCUCAAAUUACCAGCACAACAUCUCCCUUCCUUCCUCCUUUCUCUUCCACCUUCUCUUCUUCUCUCAUACUCUUCUUCCAACCUCCAAAUUCCACAUCUCCUUGAAAACCAAAAACAGAUAGAGAGAGGAGCCACCACCCACCCCCUCUACCUCCACACCACCAUCGUCGCCGCCGCCAGAUCCAAUGAAAUAAAACAAGAAUGAACGUGGAGUCCAGUUCCCGGCCUCUCUACCCGAUGAUGCUCGAGACCCCCGAACUCUACUAGUCCUUCAUCCGCAAAUUUUGAAAGGCACUUCCAUCUGGGGCACGAGGGAUUGCACCAUUGGAGCCCAUUUCUAAAGCUCUGCAACUUGUCAGUUGUUUCGCUCUUUUGGGUUGUGAUCUCAGAGCUAGAGGAGGAGGAGACAGUUUGUUUUGAAGCUUUGACUUUGAACUCCGGUGACGUUUGAGUGGGGUUUACGGCGACGGCGAUGAAGAAUGGUGGAUUGUGCGGCGAGAUUUGAUUGGCAUGGUGUGGGUGGCUGGAUUGAUCUAGUGAGGAGCGUUUUGUUUAAACUGGGGGAAAUAGAAGACAGAGAGGAUGAGAGUUUGCAACCGAUGGAUUGGAAAUCUGAGCUUGAGGAAGAAGAAGAGAUUGAGAGAAACAAGGAGAGUUGGGAGGAAGAAGAAGACGAAGAAAGUGAGAGGAAGAAGAAGAGAUUGAGUGAAGGGACGAGAAUACCUCUCAAAGUUUGCCACUUGUCUAACGCCGUAACGGCCAACAGUAUUUUAGGUACUAAUGUUAGGUCGGGGUCCGAACUUCAGGUACUAAAGUUACUAAUGGGCCAAAUGUCGGGUACUGUUUGCAUUUUUUCCCCUUCAAUUUAGUAUGGAAAGCUGAUUUUCGCUACGUACUCCAAACAUUUUUUCUCAAGGUAUUAAGUGAAAAGUGGGUAACAGAGACAGUACGUUUGGAUUUGAAAAACAAUCCUUGGCUGUCUACUUAUCUGUUUAGGGUUUCUUAAGAUCCCCUAGUUGAUAUUCCUGUUUCAUUGG